UUACAAGAAGGAUCAUGAAGCCAAUGAUGACAGACCACCAUUCCUAUCAAGGCAUCAAGCAAAGCAUAGAAUUAGCUUCAACCUUUCACCUAAAUGCGAACUAACUAAACUUUUGUAGGGGUAAAAGCAUAACGUUUAACAAUUAUCAUGACCUACUCCAAAAGAACCUUUUCCUUAGUUGGCAAACAUUAUUCCUUAUUUUCAUGCAGUAUAUUUCUUACCCUUUUUAUCCUAUAAUAAGUUAAUAACAUACACACAUUAGGCCUAAAUCAACCCUUAUGAUCAUUGCUUUCCUACAAUCCACACUUUACUCUUAACAAAAAUGUACAAUGUACUACCAUUUUUCAUUCUAAUACUACUUUUGCCUUCUCUUAAUAAUGCCUCUUACAAUGAAAAAACCAAUCAUUAUAACUAUAUCCCAGAAAAAAUUAUGCAAAAUAUGAUAUCUCAAGUAUGUGCCAACAUAGAGGAUGAAGUUUCUUGCCUCUCUAAUGUUGAAUCUAGGCUUCCAAAUGGCCCUCGAAACGCUAGUUCGAUCCUCAGAGCCGCCCUAGAAGCCACUCUUAAUGAAGUUCAACAAGCAAUAAGAAAAGUUUCCGAUUUUAGUUCCCUUUCUUCAUCCUCUACUCGUGAGCAAAUUGCAGUGGAGGACUGUAAGGAGCUCCUUGACUACUCUGUGACGGAGCUUGCAUGGUCUCUCGCCGAAAUGAGGGAGAUUCGAGCUCGCGGAUCGCUCCAUGAACAUGGAGGAGACCUCAAGGCAUGGCUAAGUGCCGCGGUUGGUAACCAAGAUACUUGCCUGGAAGGGUUCGAUGGUACAAACCAAAAUGUUAGAAAUAACAUCAAGGGUAGUUUAACACAAGUAACGCAACUUAUAAGCAAUGUUUUAAUUUUAUACACCCAAUUGCAUGCACUACCCUUUAGACCCCCUAGACAUAAUCGUUACAAUAAUAAUAACAACAAUAAUAAUCGUAAUAAUACGAAUCAUGAUAAGAAUAAUAGUAGGAAAAAUAAUAUGGAUGAUGAUCAAGAUAAUUUUCCAAAUUGGAUGAAUAAGAGUGACAAAGAACUUGUGGUUUCUUCGUCUACAAGUAAGGGAAUGCAUGUAGAUGUGGUUGUUUCUUUAGAUGGAAGUGGGAAAUAUCGAUCGAUUGGUGAAGCAAUUGAUGAUGCUCCAAAUCAUAGUAAUAGGAGAUAUGUUAUUUAUGUGAAGAAGGGAGUUUAUAAUGAAAACAUUGAUAUGAAGAAGAAGAAGACAAAUGUUAUGUUGAUUGGGGAUGGAAUUGGAGCUACUGUUAUCUCUAGCAAUAGAAAUUUCAUGCAAGGCUGGACCACCUUUCGAACUGCUACUUUCGCUGUCUCCGGCAAAGGCUUCAUAGCAAAAGAUAUCACCUUCCGAAACACCGCCGGUCCCAAGAACCAACAAGCGGUAGCUUUACGAGUCGAUUCCGACCAAUCGGCUUUUUACCGAUGUAGUAUGGAAGGAUACCAAGACACGCUCUAUGCCCACUCCCUUCGACAAUUCUAUAGGGAUUGUAACAUAUAUGGCACCAUCGACUUCAUCUUUGGUAAUGGGGCCGCUGUGAUCCAAAACUGCAAAAUUUAUAGCCGGACCCCACUUCCACUCCAAAAGGUUACAAUCGCAGCCCAAGGACGAAAAAGCCCACAUCAAAGUACGGGCUUUUCAAUCCAAAGCAGCUAUGUUUAUGCUAAUCAGCCUGCUUAUUUGGGCCGGCCUUGGAAGCCCUAUUCUAGAGUAGUUUAUAUGAACACUUAUUUGAGUGCUACGGUCCAACCUAGAGGUUGGUUGGAGUGGUAUGGGAACUAUGGUUUAAACACUUUGUAUUUUGGAGAGUAUAGGAAUUAUGGGCCUGGAUCUUCGUUAGUGGGCCGUGUUAAGUGGCCUGGGUUUCACAAUAUUCGAGAUGUUUCUGAGGCUGUAUUUUUUACUGUUGGACAAUUUAUUGAUGGCAUGUCAUGGUUGCCAGCAACAGGUGUCAAAUUCUCAGCUGGUUUGAGUAAUUAGAUAAUUGUUGGAUGUAUAAAAAUAUUGUUGUACAGUAAUUAUUUCGUGAUUUAAGAUUCAUUAUUAUUAUUA